CGUGCGUGGUCCUCAUCGCAGCAGAUUCUGAUUCCAUGUCUUGGAGAUUCCACAUCUGCUCCGCGUGCGUCAUUGCGCAGAAGCACGUCCAGCCCAUAAGUGAGGUGGGAAUCUGCUGACUGAUCACAACCGGUUGUUUUGUCGCUCUUACGUGAGCUCGGAUCAGCAGGUGCUGUCUUUAAUAGAACUGUCUCCACCGCAAGGACACAGACGAGAAGAGGGAUUUCUUCCAUUGCGGAUGGCGUAAAUCAGGACGCAAUAAAAUAUGUGACAUCGAAACAAUCGGCAGUUUCAGAUCCCAAUCUCUUCAGCUUCUUACUUCCUCUGCAGCCAUGGGUCUAUUUGUAUCUGCAGGGACCUUUUUCUCUGUGCUUCUCGUUAGCAGGUUGCUAGAGAGCUCCAUGCUCAAUGCAGAAAUGAAGGAAGGAGAAAUUCUGCCUCCAACCAUUCAAAAGCUGAUGAAAGGAUAUAACAAGUACCUGAGGCCGUUCUUUGACAAUGGUCCUGUGACUGUUGGUAUGAGCUUGGACAUUGCUAGUAUUGACACCAUAUCAGAGAUCAAUAUGGACUAUACAGCCACCAUAUUCCUCCGGCAGCGCUGGACAGACGAGCGUUUGGUGUUUGAAGGCAACAAGAGCCUGAGCCUUGACGGGCGCCUUGUGGAGCUCCUUUGGGUGCCUGACACUUUCAUUGUGGACUCCAAGAAAUCUUUUCUUCAUGACAUCACUGUGGAGAACAGACUGAUCCGCAUCUUUCCAAAUGGGACCGUCCUUUAUGCGCUGAGAAUUACCACCACUGUGGCCUGUAACAUGGAUUUGACCAAGUACCCAAUGGACAAGCAGACCUGCACGCUACAACUGGAGAGCUGGGGUUACAACAUCAAUGAUGUCAUGUUCUAUUGGACCAGAGGAAAUGAGUCUGUCAGUGGCCUCGACACUCUUCAACUCGCGCAGUACACAGUGGAGGACCACUACACCUCGGUGUCAGAGGCUAUCUAUGAAACUGGUCACUACCCCAAGCUGGUCUUCCACUUUGAGCUGAAGAGGAGCAUUCUGUACUUCAUCCUGGAGACAUAUGUCCCAUCAAGCCUAUUGGUGGUCCUUUCUUGGGUCUCCUUCUGGAUUUCCCUGUCCUCUGUUCCCGCACGAAUUUGUAUAGGAGUGACCACAGUACUGACCAUGACCACUCUGAUGAUGGGAGCUCGCACGUCGCUUCCGAAUGCCAACUGUUUCAUCAAGGCGAUUGAUGUGUACUUAGGAAUCUGCUUCAGCUUUAUUUUUGGAGCCCUCAUAGAGUAUGCUGUGGCUCAUUUCUGCACCCUCACUUACAGCGACUCGCAUAUGCUGGUGUAUGGCCACCAAUUGCAUAACUUUGAUGAUGAAAUGAACGGCAUCGUCACCACCAUCUCCAGCCCCUGUGACAGGGCCAAGAGACGCAAGGAACCUGACGCAUGUCCCGCCGCUGCUCCCGCCGCCACCGAAUUGGCAGUCGACCCAUCCAGCCCGACAGGCAGCGAGCCCAAGCCCGAGGCUUCUCCUCCAGAAGCCACCAACUGGUGUUUCAUUGCUCUGGCCACCUUUCGCAAACUUCUCGGUUUCAUAAGCUGCUGUCACAUAAAAAAUCCACACCACAUAGACAACUACUCCAGAGUCACUUUCCCUUUGUCAUUUGUCCUUGUUAAUCUUCUUUAUUGGACGUAUUAUUUGUACUUUUAGCAUUUAUCCCUAGUAUUUAGACAGGGAGUUUAUUUCACUCUAUGUACAAUAAGUGUGACUUAGGUGUGGUGGUUCUGAGGCGAGUUUUUACUAUUUCUAAGUAGCAGCAUAAUGAGAAUGAGACAAGAUUGUUUUUAAGGAAGAAAAAAAAAGGGUUAUUAUUGAAAUUCAACUUCAUUCUUUUAGCAUACUUAAUGCUGACUGGUGAGGUCUGGUAGACUACAAAGCUCGACAUGAAAAGGAAUAAUUGCUUCCAAAGAUGAAAACCAUUCCGUUUGCAUAUUUCCCACUGUAGCACAUUUAUUGUAAUUGUGUCUCGUUCAGCUUGUAAGUGGCGAACACACAGAAGAUGGAGCUGUAAUUUAUGCUGGCCAAAACCUCCAGGGGUGCUGUGCACGGGCGAAUGGGCUUACUCUUUGUCUGACUUUUUACCAAGUGAUAUUUUAUUAAUUGUUCUUUUCAGCCUGAAAGUUCACAUCUGGGGUACAAUUGGCUAACAUGAAUAGGCAGUGGCAGAAAUAAAAAAAUAAAAAAAAGACCCAAUGCAAAAGAAUAACAUGAUGGAAAAGUGUUUUAAAAACUUCAGUUCCGGGAAAUAUCACAAGCAGUUUAUGUAAUUGUCUUUUACACAAAAAAAAAAAAAUAAUAAUAAUCUCAAUACGAUCUGAUUUACAGCAGAUAAAUACAUAAUUUAAUGGGGUUGCUAUGAAUAGUUCAGAUUGUACCGAAAUCAGAAAACUACACCAUUCAUUCACCCGCUUUUGCUCGGUGUCAUAAUUCACAUUGUUUAACAUUUUUUAACAAAAAGGUUUUGGUAUACAGGAGAAAAAAAGUUGUACCUUCCUUAAACAGCACACCAAGUCUAUGCUUCCUUAUGAGCUAACUAACUCUGGCUGGCUGUCUUACUGGAAUAUUUCCUUUGAAAUACGGUAAUGUGAUGUUAUCAGUUGUUGGGGUAGGUUAGGACAGAAGUGCUUUUGUUCGCCAGAUAUGUCAUUAUUUCAAGUUUUCAGCUAUUUUGAGCUCAGUCGAAAAUGUCAUUCCAUUCAUUUCCAUUGAUCUGUUUUUGGAAGAUGUCGUUAUUACUGGCAAUGCUCUUUACAUUUCUUAACAGCUCCAAAAUGAUGGAAUCUUCUGGACUAUAUCAGGAGGCCGCUGUAAAAUAAGUUUACACUGAAAUAUAGAAAGACAACAUGACAUCAAGUAUUUUUCUAAUGACUGCUUACGCCAACAAGUCUGGAAAAAGCACGCUAGAGUUAGAGAAAAGCAGAAAGAAAGAGUAGAAAAAGAACAGACGCAAGAUGGAAAUGUUUCCAUAUAAGCAAACGACUAUUCAGUUCAAACUUACUGUCGAUGCAUUUGACAAGGUGACGUGUUUGAAUGACACAUACGUAGACCACAACCUUGACAGUACGAUUGGUUGUACAGUCUGUUUGCUACCUUUGCCCGAGGAAGCAACAUUUAUGAUGGCCACAGGCUAAAUAUGUGGACCAAAUAUUAUACUCAGAUUUAAAAGUGCAUUCUCAAAUACCAUGGCGGCAUGCUGUCGGUCUGCAGAUGAACGUGACAUCUCGUAUGUCAGACAACAGGACAAAUCUGCAUGUUAAUUUUGUUGUUGUGUUCUGUACCGCUGUAACAUGCUCUCACAUAGACUGGAGUGAGUUGAUUUAUUCAGAUGGCAAGUUUCUUCCAUGAUGUGCAUUGAGAUGAAUGAAGUGGGUAUAUGACUUCAUUGCCUUCAGAAACUAUUUCAGCUGCAUUGUUUCUCUGUUUUAAAUAGACGGACUCAGCCCUCCUUCUCUGAUGAUAACUCUAACAAAUAAUUUCAUUGAUAACCUUUGUUCUCCCUGCGUGCAUGCUUUGCUUGGUUUAUUUGGGUUAAAUAUGGGGGGAGAAAAACAAAAACCCGAUGCUUUGAUUGUCACUGUAUCUCAUUCCAAAAGGUUGGGUUCUUUCGGGAUCCGUUCUCAUCUUCAGCCUCAGAACUGCAACAGUAUUGGACGGAACUGUGUCCUGUGGAAGCAGACAAGCAGUGAGAGAUUGAAAAGGAUCACAGAAAUGAUUUAACACGGUCAGGUUUUAUAUAUAGAGCACCUCUCUCUUACAAUGGACAGUUAUCGUGUGAAAAGGAUUGGAAAUUGAUGCUUAUGUAGAGUAUCGAGCAAAAGUGACAGAAGAGAAACUACCGAGGAUUCUUAACUCUUUGUCAUAGUAAAGAUGGUCAGAAGAUUUAAGAUAAGUGCUUUUUUUUUAGGCGGGGAUCAAAAGCUGCCGCUCAAUCAUGGACACCACUUGGUGACAAGGAC